AUGCUUUUACAGGGUUCAACAGGUGACAGCGUAUAUACCUACGAUGAAGGGGUGAAGGAUGUACCAACAACUUUCAUUUGUGGUCCCAAUUACUUGUCGUCGACUCUGUAUAAUCUCAGUCCACCUGAGGACAUAGCUCUGGCGAUUAUUCUGAUGAGGCCUGUACGUAUGUACAGUAUGAAAGACAUGUUAAAAGAAAUUGCAAUGUCCAAGCAGAAAUAUGGAUCAGUUAAGCGAGUUUACAUCCUAUCUGAACAAGAUAAAGCAAUAUCCAAGGAUUUUCGGCGUUCGAUUAUAGAGAACGAUCCAACAGAUGAAGUGAAGGAAAUUACUGGUUCGGAUUACAUGGUUAUGAUCUCCCAGCCUCAGCAGCUUUUUGUCUGUCUUCAGGAAAUUGCUGAAAAAGCUUGA